AUGCGUGUCUUAUCUUUUGCCCUAGCCCUUUUUGCGGCUGAUAUGGUUGUUGAAGCUGGAGUUUGCAAGCCCGCUCGCACAACUACGGCCGCGACUUCAAUUGUUGAAUCAACUACCGCCACCGCUCCCGCUACCUCUGAGACCUCUGUCAUUGAGUCGUUGACCUCUGCGACUGAGACCUUGAGCACCGACUCAACCGAGAUCUUGACGGCUUCCACCACUGAGGCUGCUUCGACCACCACUGAGGUUGCUUCGACCACCACUGAGGAAGCUUCCACUACAACCACUGCAGGCCCAUCUUACACACCCGGCUCCAUCGUUGGCACCGGACCCGUCGCUGGCCUCACCCUCCACGGCACCGACUCGCGAUUCAUCCCGCUGUCUUUCACACCAUCCGACUCGACCCAAACCCUGAUCUUCACCCUCGCUGCCAACGGCCAGCUCGCAACAGGCAACAACAACAACUACCUAUGCCUGAACUACAAGCCUUCAGGUGUUCUCGGACCGCUCGUCCUGUGCCUCUUUGAUAACUUCUCGAACGCUCCCUUGAAGUGCACGCGGGCGGCCAGCGGCACCCUUUCUUGCACUGCGCCGAACGGAUCAUGCGACGCGAGUGGAGCUUGCAGGCGACCUAACAAUGCAGUCCCAUUCUCUCAGUUGUAUGUGGAUGGUUCUCAGAACGGCUAUUUUGGUCCCUCCGAUGGGAACUUUGGGUCGGAUUACACCGCUAUUGACGUGAUCCUUGCUGAAUGA